UCACAGUCGACGGGGCACCUAAUAAUCCGGGCUGGCACUCUCAGCGGUACACCAGCACACAUCAGAGCAGGAAGAGAUGGCGACUGAAAUUAACUUCUGUGUGGUGAACUUGGCGUUUCUGCUUGUGUUCUUGUCGGUCUCUGCAUUUGUCCCGGCUGAGGCUUCUCCUGAGCGGACGAAGACCGUGGAGUUCAACGUUAAACCGGGAGGAGUGAUGCACACUUUCACCGAGGGAAUUAGGGAGUAUGAAUGCUCAUUCACUUAUGCUUCACAAGGGGGAACCAAUGAGCAAUGGCUGAUGAGUGUGGGCCUGAGUGACGAUGACAGGCUGUUUUCCUGUUCUGUGUGGAGGCCUCAGGGGAAAUCGUACCUGUUUUUCACUCAGUUCAAAGCUGAACUGAAGGGAACCAAAAUCGAAUAUGCCAACGCAUAUUCGCAGGCUGAGGCAUCAGGACACCGUGACGUGCCUUUGAAGCCGGAGGAAUUUACCGUAGGAGACUCAACAGUGACCCACACCGAUGGAAAGUUCAGCGCUCAACUCUCCAAACUGACCGCCAUCGGACGGACACGACACGAUGAGCUGUAACUGGUCAGAAGUCUGACUGGCGUUGGUCAUGUUCUGACCAAUCAGAGCAUCUUGGUGAGCUCUGAGUCAGGCGUCUGUGUUUCAGCUCAGUAGUCAAUGAAGGAUGAAGGAUGGAUUUUUUCUGAGUUCUUUCCAAGUGACAACCAAAAUUUGAAGUGGGAUUGAUACUGAUAAUGACUUCACAGCACUUUGUGUGUCAGUACAUUAAAUACCUGGUAUUUUCUUACCUCACUGGAUUUAUGCUACUUUGGACAAAAAGAAACAGUGAAAAGCAUAAGUUGAGUAUCCUGAUUUCUUUUUCUUUUUUUUUUUUACAUAAUAUCCAGGUUAAAAUCCUGCCAUAAGAUAAAGUGCUUCCAGUGUUUCUUAGUUUCUGAAGCUCUGAGAUUUACAGAGAAUAAAUCUACCCUGAUCCACUGGGAACGUAUGUGAAUGUAUAGAGGAUUGGUGUCUGGGGGUUUGAAAAGUAUAGAUAACAUAUUUAGAGUAGGGAGGGAUUUAUCCAUCUUGUGUAAUCCUGAGAGGAAAGUGAGUAAUCCUCAAUAUCAUCAUCAAACACACAUAAACAAUUACAUUUUCCUCAAUCUCAUCCUGUUCUGAGCUGCAGUUGAGACGAAGCCUCUGUCUCUUUAUCUUCGUCUGUUCCAGAUAACUGAGAGCACCACAUUUGAUCCCCCUAAAUCACAAAUCACUGUUAUUUGUGAUAAGUAUUUGUUUUCUGCUUGUUUUUGGCCACUUGCAAUACAGCAGAUAGCAGCUUUUUCAUAUGGUUAUAUAUACGGUUUACACUGAGGAUCAUGCUUUUGAACACACUGAAUCACAUUUUAGGUCAAUCCUCCAACAAUAUAAACAUAGCUUAAUUAUAAACACCCUCCAGUUAGAAAAUAUAAGAAGGAAUUGAGCCUCCCAAGUCCUGAAAGAUGAUUUUUUUUUUAUCUUGAGCAGACAAGAUAACGAAUUGAGCAUAGUUCAUAAACACCAGAAAGUCUUAUUGAUCGACAUGUCAGAUCAAAAACUCUAACUGUGCAAGAACCAAGAAAUCAGGCACACUGUUGAUCACUAAUACUCAUUUUACAAUGUUUUGAUCCUUGGAUCUUUAUCAGGCGAUAUGUAAAAUUUACAUGAAGAUCUCAGAACCUAAAAGUCAUAAAUAAAGUGAGGACAAGAGAUCAACAGUGUGUCUGAUUUCCUGCUUCUUGCACAUGAGAGAGAAAUACCUCUGUAAAGAGAAAUAACUUGUUCAAUUUAAUUACAAAUACCAUCAUUCUUUUUACACACCUGUAGCUGGCAAUGCAGCAGAGGCCAUAAAAUCCCUCAUUUCUCUUAUUUUUAAUGUACUUCUUUCUAAUUUUAGGUUAUUUUAGUCAAUCUUCAGUUACGUCAUGGAAAAUGGAACGAAAAAGCUGAAACUGUGUGUGUGUGUGUGUGUGUGUGCACACUGAGAUUUGGCUCUUGAACCCUUUGCUUUCAUCCUUCAGUGUCACAUGUGUGGAUCAGCGAGGAUAUUGUGCAUCUUUCAGAAGUACAUCAUUAUUAUAGGUCCCUCUCCUCGCCCUGCUCUUGAGUAGCGAGCACAAUUGCCUUUAUCUUCCUUACACUGAUCCAGCCAUCUUAGAUCUACACAAGAGUCCAGAGGAUGAGUUCAAGGGAUUGAUUUUAUAUAUGGGGAUUGUGUUGAUUUGAUUCUGUGGUGAGAUUACUUUCCAAGGGUUCAUACCUUGUUUGGUCUUGGUUUGGUUUCUCUCGUCUGUCUAGAGGUGAUCCUCUGGCGUUGAGGAAAUGCUCAGCAGGGAUGUUUGCGUGUCCCUUUUGUCAUCAUUGAGGCUCCCUCUGAGGUCACAACAGGAAAUAUCCACGUCCAGAUCCUGACCCAGAAUAGAGAUGUUACUUAUUGGGUAGAUGUUUUCUUUUUCUAUUUCUUGAUUGUUCUGAUACAUGAUGAAAUGCGAUGGAUGUUUCAAUAAAGACAUGUUGUCACUGUUCUGGA